CGGAAACGUAAACAAAGCCGGUCCCCGAAAUCGCUCCCCACGGCUGCCCGCAGUGUACAACGAUCCGCGUUUAAUGCCUCGAAAUGAACGAAAUCAACCACAAAACCGUGUUCGUGCUGGACCACACGCCCUACUUCGGCAUAUCGUGCGAAAGUCCGAUCGACUGUGACUUUAUCAAGAGCAAGGUGGCGGUCCCGCCGAUCAGCAAGAGCCUGUGGACGUGCGCGGUGGAAGCGUCGGUCGAGUACUGCCGGAUCGCGUACGACCUCUUUCCGGUGGGCAAGCUGAUCCGGUUCGUCGUGAGCGAUACGGCCGCCCACAUCGUCAACACGUGGAACACGAACACGCAGAGCCUGACGCACAUACUGAACGCGAUGUCGAUGGUGGGUGUGCCGCCGCGCCAAACGCAAGCGUCCGACUACUCGGUGAUACACGGGCUGCGGGCCGCGAUCGAGGCGCUGGCCGAGCCGACCGAGUUCCAGAAGGAGCAGCUGGCGGUGCACGCCAAGAGCGACUGCUUCAAGCUGGUCAACCGGGGCCGGGUGAUCUGCAUCACGUCGGCGCGCGAUGACGCGAGCAUGAAGAGCCUGGAGGACAUCUUCCGCACCGUGCUGGUGCAGCAGAACGCCAUCUCGGCCGGGCACAAGGAGUACAUCAACAUCGACCAGUGCCAUCUGGUGAUUAUCAACCUGUACCCGGCCAACAUGGAGUCGAUGGUGUCGAACCGGGCGCUGAUCGAAAUCUCGCCCAUCCUCCUGUCGGAGAUACACUCGAACAAGGCGAACACGAUCUCGAACAAGCUGACGCAUCUGAUCCUUCCCCACUUUGAUCUGGCGAGCACCACCGUCACCGGCAUACCGAUGAAGGAGGAGCAGAACGCCAGCUCCAGCGCCAACUACGACGUGGAGAUCUUUCACGGCCGCACCGCCCACUCCGUCUUUCUCGGCACGGAGCUGGUGCUGCCGCACAGCCUGAAGGACGGGUCGGACUACGAGACGGUCACGCUCAAGUGGUGCACGCCGCGCAGCUGCGGCUCGUCCGAGAUGCAGCCCUGCCUGGCCCAGUGCCGCGUCACGCCGGUCGAUGUGACGUCGCGGCCGAGCUCCUGCCUGAUCAACUUCCUGCUGAGUGGCCGGUCGGUGCUGCUGGAGAUGCCGAAAAAGUCGGGCGGCAAGAUUACCAGCCAUCUGCUGUCCGCCCACGGUGGGGAGAUUUUCAUCCACUCGCUCAACACGGCCCGCAGCUGCCUGGAGGAUCCGCCCUCGAUAUCGGAGGGUGGCGGGGGCCGCGUCACCGACUAUCGGAUCAAGGAUUUCGGCGCGCUGAUGCAGCAGCACCGGCUGGUGCCGCUGAAACCGCUGCCCGAGCGGCAACCGGACGAGCAUCUGCAGAAGAUGCGCGGCAAGCUGGCGCGCAACUCGCGCUACUGGCCGCUGACGCUGGGCCGCACCGUGCUGUACAAUGUGCGCCACUUCGUUGAACCGCUGCUGCUGCUCACCCAGAAGCCGGAGCUGAGCGAGGAGGAGAAAAUGCUGUGCCUCAAAUCGAUCUACAACCUGUCGCAGCUGGAGGAGCGGCAGGAGGUGCUCGCCCUGCCGAACAUGGGCCACCGGUUGAAGGGCAACAAGAAGGAGGAACAGUACCGGCUGCUCUGGUCGGAGCUGGAAACGAUCGUGAACUGUAACGGCGCGUCACCGGCGCACAAAGCGAUCGUGGGUUGCAUACGCGAAUGCCGCCGGAUGUACCCGAGCGCGGAUGGUGCCGAUCCGUACGACAAGACGCACGGUGGGACGGCGGAGGGUGGAGUGGCGGCGGCAGCGGCGGCUGCGGCGGCGGCGGAUGCGCACCGGGCGAGCGUUAUUCGCGCGACAACGGAUUCGCCAAUGUCACCGCCCCAUUCGAUGGGUGGCUCGACGGGUGCGGCUGGUGCGGCUGGUGCGAGUGGUGGCGCAACGGCUGGAGGGGGUAGUAACGGUGGGACCGGUGGUGGCACUGGUGCAGAUGCUACGUCCUCCUCUUCCGGCACCAGCGUGACACUGGCGGUGGGGGGUGGAGGUGUGUCGGUCGGUUUGCUUGGCGCCCGGGGGACGAUGGGUAGCGGGAAGAAGGGCUUCGGUUCCGGUGGCCGCUCCCUGCUCGACGUGCUAGCCUCGACCGAGCGGGCCAUCAGCCAGAAGCGGAUCGAUUUCAGCGGCCGGCUGUGCACACCUUCCGGACAGGUGGCGAAGCUUUACUCCCACGUCGGUGCGAAGGAUGCGGACGGCGGCGGCGGUGCACAGGGAAGGCCGGCGGAUGUCAAAUAAGGCGGGAGGGAGGGGGGGGGGGCAAAACACGUCAGCUCAGAGAGUAGCAUUAAAUUGCAAGGAAAGUUAAGCAAAAUUGUACAAUAAAUAGGAAAUAAAGUCUCUUUUUAGUUUAAGCUAUAAACAAAACUAUAUUUACCUUAACAGUAGCCGUAGCAGGAUCCAUAGGAGUUUAGUAAUAAUUUCGGUAUGGGUUCCUGAUCAGUUCCUGGACCGACAUACAAGUAUAAGCGCAGUAUACAGUGAUUUCCAGCGGAUCUCAUAGUUGUGGGACACUUCCUUGUCUCUUUCCUAUUGGAAGUGAACUUCAUAUGAUGGAUAUUGGAGUCUAUGGCACUCAUUUUGGACAUGCUCCUUGGAAAUUCCUAUUGGAUUUGUCCAACAAGGGGACUGUAGAGUACAAUUCUCAUUAGAUGAAGUUGGUAUUGAUGGUUUGAAUUCAGUAUCAGAUCCAGUACUCAUAUGGGUUCGUGAUCAGUUGCAGGGCCGAUAAGGGUUCAGUAUCAUUUCCAGGAUCGGGAUAUGGGUUCGUGAUUCGUUUCAGGACUGGUAUGGGUUCAGUAUCAGUUCUAGGAUCGACAUAGGUUCAGUAUCACUUCCAUGAUCGGUAAAGGUUCGUAAUCGGUUCCGGGAUCGGUAUGGAUUAAGUAUCAGAGUUCCAUGAUUGAUAAGGGUUCGUCAUCGGUUCCACGACCGACUGGGGUUCAUCAUCAGUUCUAGAGACGACAUACGUUGAGAAUCAGUUCCGGGACAGAUAUGGGUUCGUGAUCAGUUCCAGAACCAUUAUGGAUCUAGUAACAUUUCCCAGCCCGGAAUGGCUUCGUCAUCAGUUCCACCACGUAGUACAAAUUGCAGGACCGAAAUGGAUUGGUCCCAGGACCGGUAUCGAUACGGUAUCAGUACCUAGAACAAUAGGGGCCCUGUAGCAUUUCCAAGAUAGGUAUGGUUAAGUAUCUGUUCCAGGAUCGGUAUGGGUUCCUGAUCAUUUCCUGGACUGAUGUAGAUUGAUUAUCACUUCCAUGAUUGAUAUGGGUUCGUUAUCGGUUCCAGGAUCGAUACAGGUUCAUGGUCAGUUCCGGAUGCGAUAUAUAGGUUCAGUAUCAGUUCCAUGACCGGUAUGGUUCGUAGUCAGUCUCCGGUCCAGUAUCAAUUUCAGGAUCGCUAUGGAUACAGCAUCAUUUCCAAAACUGGAAUGGAUUCGUCAUCAGUUCCAACACCAUGGCAUGGCUACAGUACAAGUACAGUACAACUAAAUUGUGAUAUUUAAAAAAAAACCCGAAACAAGCUACUUUUUGAAGCAUAAAAAAUAGUACUUUUUUAUUUUUCAGUUUUUCUUACCUUUUUCUUUGAUCAGUAAAAAAUAGUUAAAAAAUUAAACUACCUUGAUAGGAAUACAAAAAUUUGCUCUACCGUUGUGUGUGUGUUUUUCUUCUUCUUCUUCUUCUUCUUCCCUCCUCUUCUGCUGCUGUUCUUCUGUCUUUGCGCCCUUUCACUACUGGCUCUUACAGGAGGGAGGAUGGGAUGAUGGCAUUUCUUCCUUUCUCUCCCUACCAUCUGCAGCUGUAGCGAUGUAAUCUUCCCUUCUCAACCACCUCGCGUUCAACAACACAGGACACGCACAACAACCCAUUCCAUUAACAUGAUUUGCUUUUGUUUUUGCUGGUUUUGAGAGCGUUUUGCAAUUUUUUUAAUGCUUCGUGCAUUUACAUACCCACGCCGUUCGGGGCUGCAUGUUAUCUGCACUGCAUAUAACCUGCGUUUUGCGAUGUUUGUCUCUUGCUUUGUCUCUCUCUCUCUCUCUCUCUGGCUCUCUUUCUUGCUCUAUGUGCGGGUUGUUUUUUUAUUUCUUCAAUUUCCUUUGCUGUUUACUCAUCAUGGCUUGCUUGGGAAAAUGAGUGGAAACCAAAGCUUGCCAACCAGAGCACACAUGGCAUGGCAUACACACACACACUGUUGCACGGUUUCGAUUUGCUAACCAUGCGUCGUGAAUGCGUCCUCUAUCUCUCUCUCUUAGCUUCUCUCCACUGGUGGUAUCGGUUUACAUUCUUCUUUGUCACUUUGUCACUUCUCCUCACAAGCAGUUCUUUUUUAUUUUUUUGCUGCAUUUUUCUCACUUGCAUGCUAUAGUAGUUUCUUAUUUUUCAGCAGCUUUUAUGCUGUAGUUGUUAUGCCCCCGUUGUUAUUUGCUUAGUUGUUGUUGUUUGUCUGUUUGUUUUUAUUUCUUUGCCAUUGUUUCUUUUUUAUUUGUUUCUCUCUCUCUCUUUCUCUUUCUCUAAGUGUUAUUCGUUUCAUCAUCGCAAAAGUUUUUUUUUGUUACAAUUAUUUAUGUGUAUUUUUUGUUUGUUUGUUUCAUUCUUAUUAUUCCAUUUUUUAUAUUUUAUAAUUUAUUUUCACUAGAACCUACACUCUAAACUGUAAAAAAAGGGUCAUCAAACUAUGGGCGUCUACAUUUUGGUCUAUAUAGACGGAUGUAAUAAAAAACAGCUAGAACAGUAAUAAACCUCUAAAUAUUUUUGUUUUUUUGUUUUCUUCUUCUUCUUCUUCUUAGCUUUUCCUUCUUACACAUGUAUAAUGUGUCUAUGUGUGUGUUUGUUUGUUCUGUUUGCUUAAGAGUGUGUUGUUUUGUGUAAGUUUUUAACGGUUUGCGGCGCCCGAUUGUUCCUAACCGUUGCUCCAUUCUCGUGUGUGUUAUUAUUACUUUGCUUUUCUUCAUUGUGAUUAUUAUUCAUUAAUCUGUUUUAAUUAGUUACUAUUUAUUGGCUAAUAAUUUUGCUUUGCGAUUUGUUUUGUUUCUUUUUUUUAUAGUCCCAAUGUGUGGGUGUGUGUUGGUUUUUUGUGUAUUGUAUUGUAUGUCCGUGUUUCUGUCUGGGGGAGUUUCGUUUUGCUGUUGUUCCUGCAACUAUUCCAACCAAACAAAACUAUACCUUUGCCUCAUUUCUCACUAUCCGUGCGCGCUUAUGGUGCCCCUUAUUUUUUUUUUUAAUUUCGCUUGCCACCCUUAAAGGGCCAGGCCGAGAUACCAUGCGUUGGACGAAAACUGGACGUAAAAAAACGGGCAUUAUCUAACCUUCUAUCCUCCAAGUUUGGCGCACACGAGCGGCAGUAGUGUACUGCAACACGAACCCGUUGCACUCGCAUUGCGCUCGUUGAACAUUAUGCACAAUGGUUGUAACAAAACGAAAAUAAACACAUACACACUUAUUAACCGCUCGUUGUAAGUUGUAAUACUUAAACGCUUCUUCAUCCGAACGGAGAGCAGAAAAGUAACAAAAGAAUAACACAACAACAAUAACAACAACAAGUUUAAAAAAUCACGAUAACAAUUUAGGUAAAAAUAAACAAUUU